CUUGCUCGGUUUUACCAAGACUCUGGCAACACAUGCUGUAGUGUUGCAUCCAGUUCAUAACAUAAGCAAGCUUUUUAGAGAAAUGCACAUGAGGUGAUGCUGCAUCUGGUACGCUGUCCCCUGCAGAGGACUCUGGUCUCUCUCCGAUGGAGGUAUCCACGCUACUUCUACUCCACCAAGCCUUACUCGGUCCAGGGCGAGGACCCCACAGAGACCCGCCUGAACCCUCUCAACAUCCAGAUGCUGUCGAAAAACCUCCAUGAACAGAUCUUUUGUGGAACACAACCACAGUACAAUGAAGAAGCUGUGGAGCGCAGCAUAAGGCACUUGAAGAAACAUGAGUUGUGGGGGAAGGAAGCUUCACUCUUGCCUGAUGUUGAACUUAAACUUCCGCCAAUGUAUGGCAAAAGCAUCGAUGAGCACUUUCGCAUCCUGGCUGAGAAGCAGAGCCUUUCCUACCUUGAGGCUGCUGAGAAGCUGCUGCGGGCCGAGGUGCCACCUAUGCCCCGAGAAUGGAGCUGGGAUGUUGGCUGGACCCGCUAUGGGCCGGAUGGAGAGAGUCAGAAAGUUGAUUUCCCAGACGAAUCUGCUUUGGUGUUUGAUGUGGAGGUGUGCACAACGGAGGGACAGUGUCCUACACUGGCUGUUGCUUUGUCGCCCAGCAACUGGUACUCCUGGUGCAGCAAGCGUUUAAUUGAGGAGCGCUACUCCUGGUCGAACCAGCUGACUCUUGCUGACCUUAUUCCAUUAGAGACUCCAUUCAACUCUGCCCGCCCACCAGGUGGUCAGUGGAAGGACAGGCUCAUAGUGGGCCACAAUGUCAGUUUUGACAGGACUUACAUUAAGGAGCAGUACUUUCUAAAGGGUUCAAAGGCACGUUUCAUGGACACCAUGAGCCUCCAUAUGGCCAUCUCAGGGCUGACAGGGUUUCAGCGCAUACUGUGGAUGGCCAAUAAGCUGGGUAAAAAGAGGGGUCUUCAAGAGGUCAAGGAGCACCUUAAGAAAACCGGACAAAAGAGGGAAGGCCCAAUGAUUGGCUCUUGGGACUGGGUGAAUAUUAGCAGCAUUAACAAUCUGGCCGAUGUCCAUGCGCUGUAUGUGGGAGGGCCGCCGCUGAAGAAAGAAGCCCGAAAUAUCUUUGUGAAGGGAAGCAUGAUGGAUGUGAGGAAUAACUUCCAGGAGUUAAUGCAAUAUUGCGCUCUGGAUGUUCAGGCUACACAUCAGGUCUUCACGGAGCAGCUACCCCUCUUCAUGGAGAGGUGCCCUCACCCAGUGACGCUUGCAGGAAUGCUGGAGAUGGGUGUGAGCUACCUUCCUGUCAAUCAGAACUGGGAUAGAUACCUGGAAGAUUCCCAGGAUGUUUAUGAUGAGCUUCAAAGGGAAAUGAAAAAGUCUCUGAUGACUCUGGCCGAUGAUGCUUGCCAGCUCCUGCAGGACGCCAGAUACAAAGAAGACCCUUGGCUUUGGGAUCUUGAGUGGGAUGUACAGGAAUUCAAGCAGAAGAAAGUGCCAGCCAGCAAGAAGAAAUCCUCUAAAAAAACAGCCGAAAAACAGACCACUACUCCUCUUCCAGACUGGGAAAAUGACCCCGGGCCCCCAUCUGAGGAGGAGAUGGCAGGUCCUUGUCCCAGCAGGUUGGCUGUUGAGAAACUGAAGGAAACAGUGAAUCGACUUCCUAAGAGAAGGCAACACCUGCCUGGACAUCCAGGUUGGUAUCGUAAGCUGUGUGAGAAGAUGUCUGAGGAGGACAGCUGGUCACCUGGAGCCAGCCUCAUCAGUCUCCAGAUGAGACUGACACCGAAGCUGAUGGGUCUGACGUGGGACGGUUUCCCCUUGCAUUACACAGAGAAGCACGGGUGGGGCUAUCUGGUACCCGGACGCAGGGAUAACUUGGAUUCUCAGGAGGGAAACGUGGAUCCUGUGUGCCCAUACAGAGCUAUUGAAGCUGUUUACAAAGAGUACUGUGAGCAGAACAGCAAGGAGCAGCUUGGGUUUCUGGACUCCAGCCCUUCAGAAGACCUCAUGUUGACGGACAGCACUGUGUGGGCAAAGGUGGAAGAGCUAAGUUCCUUGGAAAGUCUGUCAGAGGAAAAUGGCACCAGAAUCAUAAACAAUUCGACAAAGAAAAAGAGGUCCCAAGAUCCACAUCAUGUCCACGAGGAGAGUCACUGUCAUUAUCACCAUGGAAAUGGCCCCUACAAUGAUGUAGAUAUCCCCGGUUGUUGGUUUUUCAAAUUGCCUCAUAAGGAUGGUAAUCACAACAAUGUGGGCAGUCCUUUCUCAAAGGACUUCUUGGUUAAGAUGGAGGAUGGUACUCUUAGAGCAGGGAGAGGUGGAACCAACGCAACACGAGCUUUGGAGAUCAACAAAAUGAUGUCCUUUUGGAGGAAUGCGCACAAACGUAUCAGCUCUCAGAUGGUGCUGUGGCUGAGAAAGGGAGAACUUCCUCGGAGUGUCAGCAGACACCAAGACUUUGAUGAAGAGGGCAAGUAUGGUGCUAUAUUGCCUCAGGUCAUCACUGCUGGGACGGUAACUCGGAGGGCUGUGGAGCCAACGUGGCUGACUGCUAGCAAUGCUCGGAGAGAUCGUGUAGGCAGUGAGCUCAAGGCCAUGGUGCAGGUGCCACCUGGAUAUCACCUGGUGGGAGCAGAUGUAGACUCUCAGGAGUUAUGGAUAGCUGCAAUCCUCGGGGAGGCUCACUUCGCUGGAAUGCACGGUUGUACAGCGUUUGGUUGGAUGACCCUUCAGGGAAAGAAGAGUCAGGGCACCGACCUUCACAGUCGUACGGCUGACGCCGUGGGCAUCAGCCGAGAGCACGCAAAGGUGUUCAAUUAUGGACGUAUAUACGGUGCAGGACAGCCCUUUGCUGAGAGGCUGCUGAUGCAGUUCAACCACCGACUCAAUCAGACAGAAGCUUCCAGUAAGGCCAGGCAGAUGUACGCCUUAACCAAGGGUAUACGCAGAUACCAGCUGUCUGAGGAAGGUGAAUGGCUGGUCAAUGAACUGUGUAUAGAUGUGCAGAGGGAGGAGGACGGAUGUGUCUCCCUGCAAGAACUGCGGAGGAUCAGUAGACUCGCCUCACAGUGCUCUCGGCGAAAGAAGUGGGAUAUUGUUGGAAAACGUGUCUGGGCUGGAGGUACGGAGUCAGACAUGUUCAAUAAACUGGAGAGCAUAGCACAUUCGACCCAGCCAGCUACUCCAGUUCUGCACUGCCGGAUUAGCAGAGCUCUGGAGCCCAAGGCCGUAAAAGAUGAGUUCAUCACCAGUAGAGUAAACUGGGUGGUCCAGAGCUCUGCGGUAGACUACCUCCAUCUGAUGUUGGUGGCCAUGAGGUGGCUCUUUGAGGAGUAUAACAUUGAUGGGCGUUUCUGCAUCAGCAUCCACGAUGAGGUGCGGUACCUCGUCCGCAGUGAAGACCGUUACAGAGCAGCGUUGGCACUUCAGAUCACAAACCUGUUGACCAGGUGUGUGUUCUCUCAUGCACUAAACCUGCAGGACCUUCCCCAGUCGGUAGCGUUUUUCAGUGCAGUCGACAUUGAUCAGUGUCUAAGGAAGGAAGUCAUCAUGGACUGUGUGACUCCCUCCAACCCCACGGGUGUGGAACGAAGAUAUGGCUUUUCACCUGGUGAGGCCUUGGACAUCUACCAGAUCAUGAACAUCACUAAAGGCUCUCUGAAUAAAGGAAGAUAGUCGAUAAUGAACCCCGCUGAGGUUCCGCAGCAGUACAAUCACACGGCUGCAAGGAAACUGGAGAGAAGACUGAUAUCAGUUCACCGUUUUCUCCUCUUCUGCUUGGGUUCCUGUGUCUCCUCCGUGUCUUGCGUGUUUGGGGCCUGAAAGAUUCAGAAAUACGGACGCUAAAAACCACUUUGCCAAAUACUUGCAGCUCUGACUGCAAAAAGGGAAAAGCGCAUUGAAAAUUCUGUUUAAAAAAAGAAAGAAGUGGUGGAUGUGACUUUCACUGACCUCCUGACUCUCAUCCUGCUCCUGCAGGGCUGCGUCCAGAGUAGCAGCAUUGAUGCGGAAAUCUCUUGAGGUGCUCAGCUUCAUGUAUUGCAUGAGAUUGACCUGGACAAACGUGUACAGAUCUUGAUGAAACGUGACACUGUAAAGACUGUAUUUCUCUAAAUGCUUAUGUGGCUUCCCAACCAUCCCACGUAAUCCAGCUCACAUAUACCUUUGAUUUCUUUGAGAGUGUGAUGAGAAACUUCUCAUACUGUUCGAUGCUGAAGAUCAGGUUAGGCAUGACCUUUGUCUCACGCAGAAGCUUUGCCUAUCAAGAGGGGACAAAAAAAAAGACUUUUUGAUCCAAAAAGUAAUAUUGUAAUUAGUCACUUUAAUUCUGCAUUUUUAUGUGAUGAGUCCGUACAGAAGAAGCAGUAUUCGCAUCAUUCUUUUUCUUUUUCUUCUUGUCAUCUGCACCUCCACCAGUGGAUUCUCCACUCUAGGCAAGAAAAAAAAAGGGGGGGGGGGUGGAGUUGUUUUUGAUGUUCAUAAAAACAAAAAUGUGAAACAAUCUCUGAACUGAGGCUGGCUGUACCUGUGCAUAUGUGAUAAACGUGUAGCACUGUGGGGUGAGGUGGGAGCCAGAUAGUUUCACCUGCAGAGAAGACAUCAAAUUGGCAAGAGGGAAUGGAAAGAAGCUAGCAAGCGGAGACUCCUGUAAAUUAAAAUUUAAGUGACAACAUCUGGGACAUACCAGCUUCUCGAAGCGACUAGGCAGGACAGGGUGCUGAUUGGGACACACCUGGAUGUACUAAUGUGAGAUACACAGAAGAAGAAAAGUGGCAUCAGGAAAAAGCCUCAGACGUUCUCAGCAAGGUUACAGAUGGGACAGAUACACACGUAUUUGACCAGGGUGGUGAGGAUGGUGUAAGUACGACUCAGUUCCCUCAGCAGUGUAAUGGUGCACGUUCCCGGCAGAAGGGCUGUCUGGACCAGCUCAUUUAACGCCGUCAAGAGAGUCCCGAGCUGCAGCGUCACCGCUUUCUCAACUGGGUCUUGUUGGCCUGCAGUCUGGGUGGCUUCACCUACACAUGCAGAAUAUAACAGCAGAUGUUUUAGAGCCUUUCACUGGUGAACUCCAACCCCUUCUACUUUAAUAAUUAUCCUUAUUGUAAAAGGUUUCUUACCAGAGCCAGAUUUAUCAGAAGUUGUCUGACUUUUCUUUCUGGCAAUGAGCCAGUCCACCUCAUCGAGCACUCGGCCAACUUGAGACAGGACCAGUAACUGGGACAAGAUUUUAAGGAGUUAGCACUCUGGGGUGAAAUGUCAGGGAAGUGUUAAGUCAAGAAUAAACAAACUUACUGCUGCUGUUGUAGCAGUUUUCAUGUUGACAAUAGCAAAAUGAGACUGUUUUUCCACCUCGACAUCCUGAUUUAGAGCAAGAAAAGGCAGUAUGAGAAAUAGUUCCAACUACAGACAGGUACAUAGACUGCAUUGUUGUUCAAGAAUAUUGACAAUGCACUGUAAUAAAAUAUUGUUUUAAUAGAAUAAAGUUGAGAUAAAUAUA